GCAUUAUACUAAAUAGGUAAAUAGUCGGUGUUCACGUUCUUCACAAUUUUUGACAUCUCGUUUUUCGCUCUUGUGUUUCUGAACGAACCGUCAGUACGCGCGCGCAUGCGCUCGGUGUUUGACGUAAGGGUGUUAUCAAAUUAUUUUCCAACAACGAAUAUUUCGUAACAUCGAUGCAGUGAAAAGUGUUAUUUUUAUUGUUGUACAUUAAACUCUGGACUAUUAAGUUUAAAGAUGGACAGAACCGAGAGAAAAACGAAUUCGCGUAAUCAUUCAGUCACGAUAGAUCGAGAUUCUAAAAUGAUACUGCGAAAAAUAAUACUGGAUUUCUUGAUACUUUUUUGCGUUGGUUUCCUGAUACUGGUGUUCUUCUUGUGGGGGAAGCCGUACGAGAGGGGCUUCUUCUGCGACGAUGAAUCCUUGAAGCACCCGUACAAAGAUUCAACGGUGACCAAUUUAAUGCUGUACAUAAUCGGGCUUGGCCUUCCUGUGCUUACGAUGUGCCUGACGGAAUGGAUCAGACUGCGUGACGACAAGGCCCGCAGACCGCGUGCGCUUUUCGGCCGAGAGCUCCCGGCUUGGCUCUGGGAGUCUUACCAGGUCGUCGGCGUGUUCCUCUUCGGUUGCGCCUGUCAGCAGCUGACCACCGACGUGGCCAAGUAUUCGAUAGGAAGACUGAGGCCGCAUUUCUUCGAUGUCUGCCAGCCUGACAUAAAUUGCUCAUUACCGGAGUAUCGUUGGAAGUACAUUGAAGUAUUCGAAUGCUUGGGCGAGAACAAAAAGCUGCUUAAGGAGAUGCGACUGUCGUUUCCGAGCGGACACUCAUCGUUCGCAACGUUUACCAUGCUCUAUUUCUGUAUUUACCUUCAGAAGCGUUUUACGUGGCGCGGUUCUAAACUGCUUCGUCACGGUAUCCAGUUCAUCCUGCUCACGUUCACUUGGUACACGCUGAUGACCCGCGUCUCCGACUACAAGCACCACUGGAGCGACGUUCUGGCCGGUUUCAGUAUUGGAAUUAUAUACGCAUUUGUUAUUUACGCUUGCGUCUCGAAUCUCCGUAAGACUCGAUCCUGCCGCUCUCACAACCACCACGAGGCAGAACUCCACGUGACCAACGGAAACAGCCACCCUCGCGUCCAAGUCUGACUAACAAAUGUUGACAGCUCGCGUUCCGGCAGCGAGGUGUCGUGAUGUCAACCGAACAUAUCGUGGAUCUCCCAUGAGUAUCUCGAUACAUAAGAUUAAUGGAAUUUCGGAACAUUAACGCAGUGAAUAUUUAAAACGCUAUAUUUUCGUUGUAUAUUGUGUGGGGUUAACAAGUAUAUAGCACGUAUGGAUGUGUGACGCAAAAUCGCGUUAGAUUAGAGUGCUCUUCCCUCUCAGUUAGAUUAGACACACGUCAAAUCUGACAUGUGUCAUUUUUGACAGAUACUUUAUUCACCUGAACGGUCGCUGCACGGUCAAGAAAUGCAAUGGCUCGUUACAAUAUUAAAUUAAAAUCUUAUCUUAUCUAUAAAAUUUUCAGCUCUUUUAACAAACAAGUUUAAGGAACUUAAUUAAAGAAUUCUUGAUUACUCAAUGUUGUUCAAUAAGAGAGUCUUCGCGUAUUUAAAUAGAAGCUGUUGGGUGGAUGAAUCUUAUGAGAGAACAAUUAGAUGCCUUUAUGGUGAAGUUGCCACUAGAUCUUGCAAGAAAAAUUUAUGCUAAUAUAUUUUAAAUUAUAGUAUACUCGUAAUAUUACUUAAAUUCAAAUGUUGUCAAUGCAAAGAUUAUAAUCGUUACGAAAACUAAAAUUGUAGUCAGUAAACGAUGUAAUUGAAAAUUGUUUUAAAAAAAAAAAAAACAUUUAAAUUUUCCUACAAACAUUCUUGAUAGCAUUUUCUCGAUAGCGCACCGUUCGAAUUUUAUUUAUCUAAACAACGAUCAUUCGUUAAUGACAAAGUAGUAAAACCAACUGUCAUUAGUCGCCUUUUAAAAGGUUUGAAAAUGUAUCUCUCGAGUAUUUUAACGUUUCCGCCAUCAGAACGAUGGGCAGUUAAAGUUACUUAAAAGUAAGAAAUUACAGAGUUUUAAACAGAAUGCGUAAUAAGGCGGACGAUAAAGAUGGUCUCACAUGAAUAUGUCAUGUCUGAAGGUAUUAAGCGGAAUAGAUAAAGCAGACACGGGCUUCCAACGGUCGUGAGUAACGUGACUUGUGUUAUCACAAAAAAAAAAAAAACUAAACACUAUUUAUUCAUGUACAUAUCAACUGGAUUUUUGUUUGUCGAAGCUAAAUCUAUUUUAGGCAUGAAAAUGUUUCCAUUGCCUCUAUUAGAUGGAGGAGUUAAUGGUUCUCUUUGAAAGAAUAUAAUAUAGUCUUAAGAACAAUUCAGGAGAUCACAUUUUAUUAUUGUCAAUUACGCGGCCAAUUUUCUUUUUAAAAAAAAACCUUUGCAGGAAUGUGAAAGCUGUUUAUCGAAUUGCGUUUAUUUGGGACAUUUUUUAUUGCUUAAGUCGUAGAUAAAACAGAAUCUGGGUUAUCAUUAGUAGCGAUUUUUUUGUUAAGAUUUGCAUAUAUUGGAAAAAUUAAUCUCGUAUUAGGAGUACAUAAUGUAUAUUUAUUUUCUAGAUCUGUUAUUGCUUUUAUUGUCUUAAAAUCGAGGCAUAGGGCUUUUUUUUUUCAUUAUGUAUAAUCGCUCACACCAGGGAAUUAGUAUAGAAACCGAAACGACAAUGAUAUGCAACCUCAAUUAAAUCAAAAUAAUUACAGAAUCUAACGAAAGUAAACCUUAUCUCUAGUGGAAUAGUUUUCAUUUUAUAGUAGAAAAAUAACAUUUUCUAUUUUGCAAAUAGGUUAUGUUUGAACGCAUGCAUUGAACAUGUUUAUUUUAUAUUAAUACUUUUUUUUUAUAAAUCGGUCAAAAAUAACAUAUUUAUGCGUGUAACUACUAAUUGACGAAAUAUUUUAUUUGUGUUCCUAAAAAAAUGAAGUCGACCUAAACUUAUUAUUCUCGUGUUCUUUUUUUAUAUUUAAUAAGACAGUGCAAUUUUUUUUUGUACAUUUUAAAGAUAUAUAUAGAAAAUAUUUAGACAUUACGAAGAUAUCAUUGUAUUUUAGUUUUAAUUUUUACUGUUGUAAAUUUGUAGUUUUAUGAGAGCUCAUUUUUAUUUAUUUUAGUUUCAUCAUUAUAUUAUCUGCCUGACAAGUUUAUUGCAGCAUAAGCUAGGGCCCAUUAAAAUAUUUUAUUUUCUUACGUAAUCGUUGGUAAGGAGCCUAGCCCUAACAAGAGCAGUCCUUCUCUGAAUCUACUACCCGAUCAAAAUCGUGACCCACUGAGAAGAUCCGGAGAGAAACUCAAUGUGUUGUGUAUUUUGCAUUAAAACCACUACUACUUAAAACAUUGGCUUUUCGGGAAUACUGCGAUACGUUAGAAUAGAACUCCAAACAUACAUAAAAUAAUAUAUAUUUGGCUAUUACCAUAGAUCUGUCACAUAGCAAUCUGUUUUCACAAUGACAUUUUGUGUUUCUUCUUUCGUAACGUUUUUAUAUGAAGGAAAUGUUUCUCAAUGUGCUAUCAAAAUUUUGGGCAAUUAAAUACAAUUACCGAUUACACUUAUUACAAAAAAAAACCUCGAAUUCUUUUUAAGCUUCUCAUAUUCAAGUCUUAUAGAAUUUGUAAGAAAUAUCCUUUUAAAUUUGUUCUUCUUAUAUUACCAAUCGAUCGUAUGAUUUCAUAUCAAAUAAAUCAAAGAAUCGCCUCGUCAUAAGCGCUGAUGUGGCGAGAUACGAUACGGUCACCAGCGCAUCUCAAACUCCGUCACCCACUUUAAGAAACUCUGACUUAUACCUUUCAGAAAUGGAACAGCCACACUGUUACUCAGAAUUUCAAUAGACCAUAAUAUUAGAUGAUAAAUUGUGAUUCGUGAACUUUUAAAAAAAAUACUUUACGGCUUAAAAUUAUGCAUACUAAAAAUGUAUUCUUCAUAUUUUAUAAGCAUUUAUUUAUUAUAGUUUUAUUGAUGGAGACAAUAAUAUUGACAAUAUUAAGAGAAAUAUACUAUUGGAGACCAUAUAUUGUCUACACACUGUCUAUAUUUGUAAUAAAUAAAUAUUGAAUUGUCGUUUUAAACUUGUUAGAUGAAAUACACUGAUAUUGUCUUGAAGACAGCUAUGACAGCGUAUUUACUCUGUGAUAUUAUAUGUAUAUAAAUAUAUACAUAUUACAGAAUACAUUAUACAUAGUACAUAAGAAUAGGUGCUUUAGUGGUAAACAUUUCAUAAUAUGAUAUUAUAUUGUUAUUAUAUGGUAUUAUAUUUUUAUUGAUAUUAUUUAAUUUACACAUAAUAUCAGGGAAAUGCUUUAGAAAAAUAGUAAAGAUAAUCUUAAAGUAUGAAUUAAGAAAUAUUUUGAAUGCAUUUUACUUUUUCAUUCACGUAUUUACGUUUAUCACGUGCUUCGUUUCUUUUGUUUUAUAUAUCGACUCUAAAGGCUACCUCGAUAGUGUUCAAUUUCGGGUAGUCAAGUUUUUUUUUUUACUUCCGAACACUGAUAUGAGUUAUUAAACCGCUCAAAGUUUAGCUACGCUCAUCUUUUGUUGUAGUUAAAAUCGUUUAGGCUUUUUAUUGCCCUUGUAGGCAGAUGAGCAUACGAACCAGUUGCCACUGCCUACCAUGUAGCAAUCUUGCUUGCUUGGCUUGGCAACCAGUCAGCGUUGUCUUCUAUUGCGUGCUUAGUUGAGUAAUUUGUAUAAUAAAGUAAGAAAAAAUAAAAAUAAAACUUGCUUUUUUAAUAGAACACCAAAUUAAACAUUCUAGUAAUAUUUUUUUAUCCUGGUAAUCUUGGACCGGUUAUUGGACUAAAGUAAUGAAAAUUAUGUAUAUUAUUAUCAUCGAUCCUUGUAUGAAAAGUAUCAAAUUAAUUAGAUAAAUUUAAAAAUUUCGUAACAUACAUACAUAGAUCAGGCCAAUAUGUUAAAAUAGUUUACAAACAAGGAGAAUGCGUUUGGGCAAACAUUAUCAUCCCAAUCUAAAUGAGUUUACUAGUGCAGUGGUGCUGUUAUAUGAGUCGUCUAUUAUCAAAGGUGGCAAUCUGUGCAUUAGGACAAAAAAAAAUUAUUGAUAUUUCAAUACAGAUUGAUUUGAAUAUAAUCGUCUCCUUCGAAGAAUACGGUUCAAAACCUGCAUUAAAUAAAGGUUAAUACUUAACCUGUUAUUUAUCUAAGAUGUCGUUCAGAAGAGUUUUGUGACUGCCAAUGGAAUACAAAGUCAAUAAUUAGUUUUUCUGAUUUACCAAUAAUUAUCCAAAAGUCACAUUGCCGGCUUUGAUAAUAGUCGACUCAUAUGACCUACAAAUUCGUCACGAAAACAAUUUGAAUAUAACAUUAUACUGUACUAUUAUCAGAAAUUAACACGACUGCUAACUACCCUUGAUGAUAUUGUAUAUUUAGAGGUGCUUACGGACUAUAUAAAUUAGAAAUUCCUUCACGCAAAAUUCAACCCUAAAAUCGAUUAUGAUUUUAGAUUCAAAAUACGAAAGUAUAUUACAGUUUUAAUAUCUCGUUUUAUGUAAGACUUUUAGUUUCAACUCGAAAACGAAUUUUUAAAGGAAAAAAGCCUUACAUAUUAUUUAUUCUUUAAUUAUAUGAUAUUGUGCACGUUUAAAUAUAUAAUAGUAUGUGUUUAAAGCAAUGUUAAGACGUAUUUAGCACUUUAUGUACAAAUAUUAUCGAUUUUCGUGUUUUAGUUGAUUAAUCGAUAACGGUUUUAUAAACAGCACUAUAACUUUAUAAACAGCAAGUUAUUGUUGGAAGACUCACCGAAAUGGCGCUAGUGAAAUGAUAGGAAUAUAGCAGUUUUAAAUAGUGAAGUGUGUUGGAUUAAAAUGAAGUGUGCUAGUUUAUGACGCUGCUUUUUUUAUUGCUUAAAUGGGUGGACGAGCUCACAGCCCACCUGGUGUUAAGUGGUUACUGGAACCCAUGAACAUCUACAACGUAAAUGCCGCCACCCACCUUGAGAUAUAAGUUCUAAGAUCUCAGUAUAGUUACAACGGCUGCCCCACCCUUCAAACCGAAACGUAUUACUGCUUCACGACAGAAAUAGGCGGGGCGGUGGUACCUACCCGCGCGAACUUACAAGAGGUCCUACCACCAGUAAAAAUACCACCAGUAAUCUUUCCACUUGCUACAUGACGUCACAUUAACUGACUGCAUUUUAGUGGACAUUUUUAAUACACUAAGAUGGUCCUUACUUCUACCCUCCAUAACGUGAACAGGCCUAUAUUUCUUAUUCCAAAAUUAUUAUGUUUUCUCACGUAUUAAAAAACAACAACGGGUAUGUACGUAGAAAAUAAAAUAAUUAACUUAAAGACCCAUUCAACGUAUAAAUGGAAGUUUCCAUGGCUUUUUAUAGCCAAGUAAUAUCAAACAAGUAAUUUAUUCAAUAAUAACUCUUUGAUAGACUACAACAGCAAAUACCUACUAGAUUUCGUCAAUUUAAAUAAAUAAAAAAGCAAUACACGGUGAUACAUUACGUGUUCUUAGAAGUUAGCUGUAUCUUCUUAAUCAUAAAUACAAUACUGCGUUAUAAGGUUGUCUCUUUCUAACUUUAAAAUUGCGAAAACGUAUGACAGUGACAGAAACAGCGACAUUAGACAUAAAGUAUUUAAUUUUAUGAUUAAGGGGAGACGGAAUCGAAUGUUGUGAAAAAAUCGUGCUUGUAAAUAAAAAAUAGUUUUGUAAAAACAUAUAAUGCAUUGUUUUUAGAUGAUAAAAAAUAGAUAUUUAAUUUUUUGAAAAGGCAGCUCUAUUUAUUGUAUUUUAAUUUGUAUGCAUAAACAAUAAAGCAUAAUAAACGUGUUAAGAUAUAA